AUGUAUCAUGGUGGAGGUCCUUCGGGUGGCGGUGGUGGUGGUGGGACGCAAGUGUCACCACCAUUGGCCUCGUCGGGAUCGUCGGUGGCGGCAUCGGGUGGGUUGGGUGGCGAAGGAGGAGGAGGAGGAGGAGCUGCUGGUCAGCAGCCGCCACAAUCCCAGCCGCCAUCUCAGCCGCCGUCUGUACCGACGACGGCAGGAUCACCUGCGCCAACGAGUACGUCCUCGUCUUCUGCCUCGUCGUCGGCGUUGGCCGCGCAAAUGUACAUAGACCAUCAGCGCAGCCAACAUCAGCAACAGCAGCAGCAGCAGCAGCAGCAACAGCAACACCUUCAGCAGCAACAACACCUUCAGCAGCAGCAGCAGCAACAGCAACACCAGCAGCAGCAGCAGCAGCAGCAGCAUGCUCAGGCGCAUCAUCAUCAGCAGCAGCAGCAGCUGCACACGAGACGGCUCUUGCAGGAAUGGACUCUGCAGUUCGGACCAACCGGAACAGCAACUGGUGCACGUUACAUUUAG